AUGCGAGGUCCACGUCGCACUGUGCAUCAAGGUACCGCGACCACUUCUCCUCGUCAAUCCGCCACCACCGUCAACGACGUUGUUGUCGCUCUGCAACGCAAAUUAACCGCAAAUCAUCUAGAGCCCUCCCUCAACGUCAGCCAGAGACGGCCAUCCUUCUCCAUGGAUUCAUUACUACACAAAAAAGACAAAAAGCGAGAUGACUCCAAAGACCGCAAUUCCAGAGAACCAAAACGCCUGUCGCUCAACAUGCGGCACUCUAGCAAAUCCAAAGACCGCGCGGCCCAAAUGUCGCCUCGGAUUGCCGCUCAUCAGCCCGGUCGAUUCGACAUGAUCAUUGAGUCUCCUCCCUUGGUGCUGUAUGGCGCUGUCAGUACUUCGACCGGAGCACUUUUGUCCGGGCGACUCAAGUUCUCAGUCGAAGACCCCACGGGCGAGGUGCGCUUGAACUCCUUCACCAUGGUCCUAACUGCCCGCAUCUCCAGCAAGAAGCCAGUCGGGAAGGACUGCAAAGAAUGCAGCGAGAAAGUCGACGAACUCAAGACCUGGACUUUCCUGUCUGAACCAAAGACCUUCUACAAGGACCGAGACAACCAGUUCCCUUAUUCUUUCCUGUUCCCCGGCCACCUUCCUGCAACAACAAACGCGCCACUGGGUUCGAUACAGUACUCUCUCCAUGCCACAGCUGUCACCUCCAACGGCGAGAAAAUCUCCUACAACCACCCCUUGACCGUCCAGCGAGCUGUUCAACCUGGUCCCGACAAAUCCAGCAUCCGAAUUUUCCCCCCGACCAACCUCACCGGUCGCGUACAACUGCCGCCCAUCGUUCAUCCCAUCGGCACGUUCCCGGUCUCCAUGUCGUUGAGCGGUGUUGUCGAGAAGAAAGGCGACACCUCAACUCGAUGGCGCCUGAGGAAACUGUCGUGGAGGAUCGAGGAGCACAGCAAGAUCAUCUCGACCCCGUGCGCGAAGCACGCUCACAAGGUCAGCGAAGGAAAGUCCAUCCUGCAUACCGAGACCAGGAUUCUGGGCACCGACGAAAUGAAGACUGGCUGGAAGAGUGAUUUCGACACAAUCGGCGGAGAGAUCAACGCAGAGUUCGAAGCGUCACUCGCUAGCAACUCCAAAUUCAAAGCCGUCUGCGAUGUCGAGUCUCCUGCCGGAAUCGAAGUCAAACACAACCUUGUCAUUGAGCUGAUUGUGGCGGAGGAAUUUGUUCCCGGCAAGAACAGCCAACUGAUCACUCCCACCGGCGCUGCACGCGUGCUUAGGAUGCAAUUUGCUCUCAUCGUCACAGAACGAGCAGGUAUGGGCAUUAGUUGGGACGAGGAGAUGCCUCCUGUCUACGAAGAUGUUCCCGAGAGCCCCCCUGGAUAUGGAAGCGCUGACAAGAACGACGGAGCCUGGGGGGGAGCCAUCAUCGAAGACUAUAACGGACCCGCGCUCGAGUACGAGGACCUCGAAACCAUGGGUAGCGAAGGUUCGACCUCUCGACCUUCCAGUUCCGGUCUCCCCAUGCGUCCUCGCAUCAGUAACCGUAGGACGGAUUCCGGUGAAGGGCCCUCGACUUCAACAAGACACUACGGCGGCUUUACAAAUGACGAACUCAGCACUGAACCUCCUCAGUAUGCACUACGAAACCCAGACGAAUCGAGUAAUGCCCAGAGUGGUCCCGUCGAGGAUACCGCCCAGGGGGCGGCCUCUUCUGUCCAAACUUGA